AUGUCCACUUCCACGACUUUCGAUGGCCUUGGGCCUAUGUUUCGUGUCCCAUAUAUAGAGAAGUCCCGGCUCGUAGGAGGUAGAGCAGAGGCUAGCAGAAGUCGAGAGGCGAGGAAAGUGGGAGGCGGAGAAGAAACGGAAAGGUGA